AUGCUCGUCUCCCUGACCGUCGGCAAGGUCGACGCCGGCGUCACCGUCCUCCUGACGCCCGACAAGCGCCUGAUUGAGUUUCCCUCCAUCCUCCUCCCGCCCAAUAUCUCGUCUGGAAGCAUCGUCGACAUCGCCGUCUCGCAAAACACGAGCAAGGAGACGGCCGAGGAGCAACGGUUCCGUGCCCUGCAAGACCGCAUCUUCAACUCGUUUGGCGCCGCCGAGCCCGCUGUCCCCGUCCUGCGCUGCCGCAAUGCCACGCAAACCUCGGUCGUCCUCGAGUGGGACCCCAUCAAGCUUGCCACCGCCGACCUGAUAUCCCUGAGCCUCUACCGCAACGGCCAAAAGGCCGGCAACAUCCCCCGCCCCCUGCAGAUGCACAGCACCAAGAUCAGCGGCCUCGCCGUCGACACCGAGUACACCUUUUACCUCAUCCUCAGGACCAGCGCCGGCACCCGCACCAGCGAAAAGGUGACGGUCCGGACCCACAAGAUGACGGACCUGAGCGGCAUCACCAUCACCACGGGCAUCCUGCCCGGCGCAACAAAGGACAAGCUAGCGCAGGCCGUGGAGCGUAUCGGCGCCAAGAUUGUCGACGGCGUCCGCAUCGACACGACGCACUUUGUCACCACCGAAGGCCGCGGGGCCGCCUGGGAAAAGGCCGUCGAGAACAACAUCCCCGUGGUGCGGCCUGAGUGGGUCGAUGCCUGCGAACACAAUGGCCGCAUCCUCGGCGUCACCAGGUUCUACCUCGACGCUAUGCGCGCGGGGCCCCUGCCCGAAGAGCCGCCCGCCCCGCCCGUGCCGCCCAAGGAAGAGUCCAAGGACGAGCCCAAGGAGGAGUCGCCGCACGAAACGCCCGCCGAAGAGGACCAGAAGCCCGACGGUGGCUACGAAAAGGCCGAAACGGCCGACGACAAGAGCGACCAGACGGCCGACGACGACGACGACUCAGCCGAUGAGCAAGAAACGGAACCCGAGCAAAAAACCAAGAGCUCGCUGGCGGACGAGCAGAAGAUGCGGCUGGAAGAAAAGGAGGAGCACAAGGUGGCGCUGCGGCCCAAGGAGGAGGCGGCGGCGGCGGCUGCAAACGGAUGGAUCAAGAACGAAAGGGAUGCCGAAGAGAAGGCGCGAGAGGAGCAAGAACGCGAGGCUAUGGAAAAGCCGGCGGCAAAUACCGAUGGGUCGUCGUUUCAAGAGGUUGAGUUGUAA